UCAUUCUGUAGGUACCAUUGCCUAAAACAUGGCUACAUGUCCACAGCACAGGAUAUGAAUUACAGAUACAGGCUUUCUGUAAAAGUUGCCAGAAAAAAUGACAUUUUGAAUAUUACCGUCUUUGGGAGCUGUCUUGAACCCUAUUUUGGAGAAACAGCAGGAUGUCUACAGAGAUACUGUGAAGAUUUGAAGAAGAAAUUACAAAAGCAAAAAGAAAAACAAAUUCAGGAUUUGCUUAUCCAAGCUGUGGAACACUGCUUUAUUGGAAGGAGCUUUAUCUUCGGAGUGAAGGCAUCUGAAUUUCUACCUAGCACACGGUCACCAUCUUCAAGUCCUUUACAAGCUCCCAUCAGCAUGAACAAAUAUGAAAAUCACCUAGUAGCCUGCCAGAUUGCAGUGCCAAACACUGCAAUCUAUGGAUGUACUGUUAUCAAUUAUUACAAGAAGCUCUUAGAUUUAGACAAUCUCCAAGAUUGUUCUCCCAGUUCAAAGCUAUCUGAUAGUCCUUUCAAUAGUGUUGAUCAAUCGAGUACCACGAUCAAGAGUUUCAUAAGCUUGUUGCCAGAUAGUACUCAGUCCUUCACCCAGUUAAAUGAUGCUAACCAAUUAUCAAAUCCUUGGCAACAGGAUUUUACUCUUGCUUUAUCCUCUGGUGAUUGUGUUACAGUUGAAGAGUUUUCAACAGCAGAGACUAGAAGUGUUCUUUCAAAGUACAGCAUCAGCCCCUCUUACCAUGUAGAGGAAGAAAGCCAGAAUAGAAAAUGUAAUAAAAGUACCGUGUUACAUUUUCAUACUUCAGCUUUUCAAAAUAGUGGCGAUAGCAAUAGAGACAGUGCAACUGCAAUGGCGAGUCUCCCGUUGCCUAAUGAUGAUUGUAUGUAUCAAUAUUGUCACUCAGUCUUUGAGUUACAGAAAGACUUCAUCAACUCAAGGUUUAACAUGCAAAACUCUGGGGACUCUUUGUCAAAUAGCAAUGAUAGUGAUGAAUACCAGGCUAUUGAUAAAUCAUAUAAUUUACUGGAGGACAGCAUGGAUCACAUUGACUCCAUGUUGUGGGAUGACUUGCUGUUUUCUGAAAGUCUUGAUGAAUUUAUAGCAAACGUGGAAGCUAAUCAGCAGAGAUGUGAUGAAGCAGUUGCAUUUCUCACUGGUGUGCCUACUGUUGAUGGUUCCAUACAUUCUUGCAGUUUGAAAAAAUUGAAAACUGAUAACUUUCUGAAUAGAACUCGAGGGCAAAGUCCAAGAUGCAAGAAAGUGUGGACAAAUUCUACUAAUUGUAAUUUAAAAAGAUCUAGGAAAUCUGGAACUGAAGAAAGCCCUUGUGUUGACUCGAAGAACCCAAAGGGUCCCCUAAAUAGGGUUGUAGAUGUCUUCAAAAAUGAUACCAUACAAAAGGGCAACUCUCUAGCAAGAGCAGCACCAUUGCUAUCACUUGAUGGCUGUAUUCACAGUGAUAUAUUUCCUGCUCAGGGCACAGUUGUGCAGGUUCAUAGUACAUUUGUGAACCCUGUAAAUGUACAUAAUUGCAGCAGCAAGUGUUUUCGAACAUGUCAACCAAAGCUACACAACCUUGAGGAGCCAAUGGGUGAAUACUCAAGUUUUCUGUCUGAGCAUAAUGCUACUGAAGUUAGCAAGCUGGCAGAUCCCUUUUACAUUACAACUGAAUCUGGUUUACUGAAUAAUAUUGAUUUUCAAACUCUCUUGCCUUCUGGAAAACAAACACUAAAAAUGAAGAAAAGCAUUGGCUGUGAGUUUCAAGAUUCAAUGUGCAUUAAAGGACACCACAUAGGUAAAUAUGAUAUUAAACCUGUAAAUAUGCCUGGUUCUACCCUCCAUAAAAACACCUCCUUCCAGAAUACGUUAACUCACUAUACUGAGCAGGAGUAUGAUUUUUCUGGUGAUCUCUUCAACGAUACAAGUGAUAAAGAGGAACCAUCAACUUGUCUCAAAACAAACCUGUCCGUUUUAUCUAAAUCGUAUGGUAAGCUCAAUGAGCAGUGGUGUGGAAUUUCACAGUGUAGUUUAGAUAGAGUUGUGAAAAACCAAAACGAUAAUGAUCCUCCAGAGAAUGAAGCACCGAACUUGUCUGUACAUGACUUUUCAGAUUCACAGGACUUUGUUCCAUUUUCUCAAUCUACACCUGUUUCAAGAUUGCAUAGUUUAAAAUCUUUCAGAAGGACAGAAACUAAACCUCUUAAAAUGUCACCCUAUGUUGGGCCAAAUUUCAGACAAAGGCAAAAUGGUCAACUUAAGCAGCAAUCGAUUCAAAUCCAAAAAAUGUCUCAGUGGCAAUUUGGGAGCAAUCAUGCCUCUAUUUCAUUCAACUCCUCUUUGUUGAGCAACAGUCCAAUUAGCAAAUCUUAUGACAGUGACUCUGAUGAAUGGAUUCCACCUUCAACAGCUAAAACUCAAAUAAUGACAUCUCAUUUAUCGUGUCUGUCUAAAAUAAACAAAUCCCAAGAUGUUAAACUAUUUAAACACAUGUCAUAUGCUACUGCUGCUAUGGAAACUGCUGAUUUGAAAGCUGCAACAGUGGGCAACAAAGAAGAGAACCACCACCAGUGCAGGGGCAACCUACACGUGAAGCAUACCCCACCAUCGUUACAGAUAUUCAACUCAGCAAAAGUUCUUCCAAACAAAACAGAAAUGUUUAGGCCGCUUAUUUCUAGUGAACUUCAGAUUAGUAAAGGUUCAAAAGUGAAUGACUGCUCCCCAGCUGGUUUUCAUUCAUAUUUUGUGAAGAGUGAGGUUCCAAGUUGUUGCUCACCAGAACUAUUUUAAAUAAACACAUUUUAGAAGACUGGCAAGUCACUUGACAGAGUGUAAAACAAAGAGAACUACAACAUUGUUUAUUUUCUUUUUAGAAAGGGAGAAUGAAUUGUUUUGUACUUUUUGUUAUACAAAUGUGGGAUGUGAAUCUAUGUUCUUCGAUCAUUUCUCCCCCACCCCACCC